AUGACGGGCGGCGCCGGCGUCGAGCCGAGAGCGUGGGGCGGGCGGCGGUCGCGGGCGGCGGUGGGAGCGGCGGCGUGCCGGGCGGCUAGGGAUGUCAUAGAACCCAGACCCCUUGCUGUUGUUGCUACAGGAACUGUGCCCAUUGGCAUCGAUCUGGAGGCGCCGAUCGAUGAUGUGACCAGGUUGCCGUUGAUAAUGUGCCCAGAUUGCAAGGAUGUGAGGGUGUUUGCUGCUAAUACCACGUACUCCAAUAAUGUUGGAAUGAAAUUUUUCAAGUGUCCUAGGAAGAACCGUAGAAAUGGGACAUGUGAUAGGUUUUGGUUCGAGGAAGAAUAUUUGGUAUUCCUUCAGGAUAAUGGAUAUCUAUCGUCAGCAUCCUCCACCAUUGCAGCAGGUUCGACAACCAAGGUUCCUGAGCUCGUGGGAAAAAUUGAUAGCUUAGAGCAAAAUCUGAACAAGGUGACGGAAAUGGUUAGCAAGAACAGAGAUGGCAUGGGAAGCUUGAUUUGUCUCGUGUGUGGAUGUGUGAAUGUAACAGUACUCCUGGUGUUUGCCAUCUUCUUGGUUGUAGCUUUUGUGUUGAAGUAG